GAGACUGACUUGUUGUUUCUCCUUUCUUUCAUACUGAUUUUCUUCUCUUUGACAAAAGCAAAAAAAGAAUCAGUCAUCAGUGAAUAAUGAAGAGAAAACCUUUGAAGAAGCAUUUUGGGUUUGUUUCUGAACAAACAGCAGAUCUUUAUGAUUCUCGUUAUUUACAUUUUUUAAACCGUCAUUCAGAAAGUGAAAGUAAAGUUUAGAUUGCUGGAGCUCAAACAGUGAAAAUGGCUUCAUCAGCUGAAUAUGACUACAAUUGUCCCGUGUGCUGUGAAAUCUUCAAGACUCCUGUUAUUUUAUCAUGUAGUCACAGUGUCUGUAAAGAGUGUCUUCAACAGUUCUGGAAAACCAAGAAAACUCAGGAGUGUCCUGUCUGCAGGAGAAGAUCCUCAAAGGAAAGUCCUCCAUACAAUCUGGCAUUACAAAACUUGUGUGAGUCGUUCCUGAAGGAGAGAAAUGAGAGGCGUUCAUCAGGAUCUGAGGAGAUCUGCAGUUUACACAGUGAGAAACUCAAACUCUUCUGUCUGGAGGACAAACAGCCUGCAUGUGUAGUGUGCUUUACUUCAAAACAACACGACAAUCACAAAUUCAGACCAAUAAGUGAAGUGAUUUCAUCAUAUAAGGAGGAGCUGAAUACAGCACUGAUGUCCUUACAGGAGAAACUUAAAACG